GAGCUCCGAUCCUCACACCCCUCCGAGCAACAACCACACCGACGCCGCCAGCAUGUACAGAGUCUUCGCCUGGGUGAGGGGGGCCUGGGGGGGCAGCGGAGUGGUGCACGGAUCUGCUCCCACAGUUCAGUUCCACAUGUCCAGUGCUUCAUGGUGUCAGAAUGCGGCGCUGAAGCAGAUGAGAGCGCAGAUGCCACCAUGCGAUUCUAAACCAGAACCCUACCAGGGGAUGAGUAAGGAGCGAAUGCUGGAGAUCAGGAGGCUGAACUGUAACGGCAUGACCAUGAAGGUGACGUACUACAAGAGACCACUCUUCAUCCAUCAGGGCUUCAUGCAGUGGCUGUGGGACGUGGACGGAUCUCGCUACCUCGACAUGUUCGCCGGGGUCGCCACCGUUAGCCUGGGACACUGUCAUCCGAAAGUAACGAAAGCUGCACAGGAGCAGCUCCAGCGCCUCUGGCACACCUCGGCCAUAUACAUCCACCCUCAGAUCCAGGAGUACGCCGAGAAACUCGUCUCACACCUACCGGAACCGCUGAAGGUGGUGUACCUGACCAACAGUGGUUCCGAGGCGAACGAUCUGGCCCUGCUGAUGGCGCGAUUGUACACCGGCAACUCUGACGUCAUCACUCUCAGGAACUCGUACCAUGGUGGAAGUCCGAGUGCGAUGGGUCUGACUUCAAACACGGUGUAUAAAUACCCAGUGGUGUCGAACCUGAGCUGCCAUAAUACCAUGUGUCCAGAUGUGUUCCGGGGGCCGUGGGGAGGGGAACACUGCAGAGAUUCACCUGUACAGACUAUCAGGACAUGCAGCUGCUCACCAGAUCACUGCCAGGCUAACGAUAAAUACAUCGAUCAGAUGAAGGACGUUUUUGCUACUACGGUUCCCAGGCGCAUCGCUGCGUUCUUUGCCGAACCCAUCCAGGGAUUAGGAGGGACCGUGCAGUACCCCAGGAACUUCCUGAAGGAGGCCUACAAGCUCGUGAGGGAGAAGGGUGGAGUAUGCAUUGCUGAUGAGGUACAGACAGGGUUUGGGCGAACAGGAAGUCACUUUUGGGGCUUUCAGGCUCAUGAUGUCAUUCCUGAAAUAGUGACCAUGGCUAAAGGUAUGGCCAACGGAUUCCCCAUGGGAGCUGUGAUUACUACUGAAGAAAUCGGCCGCCCUUUUGCAGACGGACUUCACUUUAAUACGUUCGGGGGAAACCCUGUCGCCUGCAGCAUCGCCUCCUCCGUGCUGGAUACAAUUAAGGAAGACCAGAUCCAGGAGAACUGUGCUGUGGUGGGAACUCAUCUGCUAAAUGAACUGGCCAAAUUGCGAGACAAAUACGAGAUCGUGGGAGACGUUCGGGGGAAAGGACUGCACAUCGGUGUGGAGAUGGUUAAAAAUAAAGAGAGUCGAGAACCUCUACCUGUGAAUGCCAUGCUUGAGAUUCUGGAGGAGACCAAGGACAUGGGGGUGCUGAUCGGGAGAGGAGGGCUACAUGGCCAGACCUUCCGCAUCCAGCCGCCCAUGUGCGUCACCAAAGACGAUGCAGAUUUUUUCCUGGCCGUGUUCGAUCAGGCUUUACAGAACUUCACGGAGAGAAGAUGAGAACAUCUGAGUAUUAAGUGUUCACAAGGACGAUUACAGACUAAACAUGGUUGAAUCAUGGACGCAAAACCAUUUAGAGUCACUGAGUGUCUUUAUUAUCCUCUACUUAAAGGAUGUUUCAUUCCUUAAACUAUUUCCUGGGAACACAUGUACUAACUGUAUUGAUGCUGUUGUUUUUACAGGUUUUAACUGUUUAAAAUGCAUUUUAUGUACAUUCUGUUGUGUGGAAACUCUGAUGUCAAGUCAUAAAACUGUCACAGACCACAAACUUCCCCGCGUAUUUUACUGGCAUCUUUACUAGAUUCUCGAAGCAGAAAUGGUGGACAAAAACAGUAAUAAAUGAUUACUACUUGUAUAUAUAAAUGUUUAUUUAAGAUCA